AUGGGUUCGCGAACCGGAAAAAAGAGCUUAGUGCUCAAUGCCUUUGUAGAGAUGUGCAGUGGCCACCAGUCUCCUGGACUCUGGCGCCAUCCCGAUGACCAGUCUUCGCGCUUCAAUGAGAUAGAGCACUGGACUGAGUUGGCUAAGCUGCUCGAAGAGGCCAAGUUCCACGGCAUCUUCAUUGCUGAUGUUCUGGGCGGCUAUGAUGUCUAUUCCGGCUCCCUGGAUCCGGCAGUCGUCUCCGGUGCUCAAUGGCCAGUACACGAGCCCCUGGCUGUCAUCUCUGCCAUGGCUGCAGUGACCAAGAGCAUCGGUUUCGGAGUCACUGUCUCUACGACAUAUGAACAGCCUUACCAUCUGGCUCGAAGACUUUCCACCCUCGACCACCUCAGCAAGGGACGGAUCGGAUGGAACAUCGUCACCAGCUACUUGGACUCUGCAGCCAAGAACAUGGGCCUAGCCCAGCAACCCCAGCAUGACGACCGAUAUGCUCAAGCUGAGGAAUACAUCAAAGUGAUGUAUAAGCUUUUUGAGUCGUCGUGGCGAGAUGAUGCUGUUCAGCUCGACCGUUCUUCGGGCGUUUAUACUCACCCUGAUCGCGUCCGCAAGAUCAACCACAAUGGCAAGUUCUUCACAGUCCCCGGCCCUCACAUCUGCUCGCCUAGCCCCCAGAGAACCCCCCUGCUGCUGCAGGCCGGUACCUCCAAGGCUGGCAAGAUCUUUGCUGCACAGCACGCCGAGGCUAUUUUCGUCUCUGCGCACGCCCCGCAAGUGUGCGCCAAAAGCAUCGCGGAGAUUAGAGAACUGGCCAAGACACAGUUCGGCCGUGAUCCUAGCAACAUCAAGGUCCUUGCUCUUGUUUGUCCUGUCCUCGGCAGGACGGAAGAGGAAGCCCAGGCCAAGCUAGCAGAUUACAAGCAGUAUGCCUCUCUCGAAGGAGCGCUUGCUCUGUUUGGCGGCUGGACUGGUAUUGAUCUCAGCCAAUAUGGUGACGAGGAAGAACUGCGGGAGGUUGAGAGCAAUGCCGUGAAGUCUACCGUUCAAGGCUAUGCCAGGUUUUCUCCAGGCACUGCCAAAUGGACCAAGCACACCAUUGCCGAGCAUGUUAGCAUCGGCGGCAACGGUCCCGUAUUCGUAGGAACUCCAGAGCAGGUGGCCGAUGGUCUUGAGACUUGGGUUCAAGAGGCCGAUAUUGAUGGCUUUAACUUUGCCUACACCCUCUUCCCUCAAUCAUUCAAGGACAUCAUCGAGCUUCUGCUCCCGGAGCUCAAGAAGCGCGGUCUCUUCUGGGAUGAUUAUGCCGUUCCACAGGGCACUUAUCGCGAGAACUUUUAUCGCAAGAGUGGACAAGCUGGGCCACUGGAUGAGCACGUUGCGUCGACGUUUAGAUGGAAGGCGGGAGUUUCUGCAGAAGAGGCUGUUAUUCCCGAGAUUUAG